AUGCCGGAAUAUGAUCUCUGCUUCUCCUUCUCGUCUACCAAUGAAGCAGGAUCGUAUAAAAUUAUAGAGCUUACUCCAGACCUAACGACUCUUAUAGAAACUGCCAUAGCCAAAGAUGAAGAUCCAAGGCUUUCAAUCAAAGGACAGCCAGACGAAGAUGCUGUCCUAUGUAGCUCGACCAAGACCUACGGCAUGCGUUCUGUUGGUCUUUCCAACACCGUGCUCGUCGUGACGCCCGUUCCAGACGAACGUGCGUCCGAGUUUGCAGAGGAUGCGGUGAUCAUCCGAGACCAGCUCAACGAGAUCAUCGAACUGGCACCCGUCGUGCCAAAGUUGCACAAACUCUCUGCUUUGAUCAAGAACAGGGAAUAUGAUGGAGAUAAUGAAGAUGAGGACGAUGACGGGAUGGAUCGUUUCACCUACCACGAUGCCAAACAAGAGAUUCAAGCCAGUGACGUUGAGAUCGACCAAGGCCUGAAAACUCGUCGUGUGCUCAUUAUAAAUAAUGAACUACGACCAAUCGCGCCUGCGUUUCUCGCUCACCUGUUAGAAUUGAUUCUUAAUCUCCUCGUUUCUUUGUCCAUGAAUUACACAUCUGUUUCGGUGGAAGCUCUUUCUUCAGCUUUAGCAGAUGACCAUGAAGUCUCCAGGGCCGUUUCUACUCAGGUCAUGUCGUGGUUCGGCGAAAUUAAGGAUGCUAAAUGGAAAAUGGAUGUAGAUGGUGUCGUUAAAGAGUUGGGUUUGGGUAUUUUACGGAAACACAGACACGACCCCAUCGCAAAGGAUGACCUCCUCGCUGCAUGGAAAAAGCUUGCAGGCGAUACUUUUGAACCAUCAGUCUCGCUGAAGCUUCUAGAAGCAAACUACAUCGAAACCAUUGACACUAUGGGGAACGGUGCAUCGGUUCUAAGAUACUUUCCUGCCUCCGAGUUACCAGUCGACCCCGCUGCACGGUUUAGCGACCUCUUCCUCACCCGUUCAAUAUGGAGGGGAGAAGAAAUUUCACCAUUUUUAUCGGACAUUGCAGUCAAUUCUAAAGAGCGAGAUAAACUGUUGUUAAAAUACUGCAGGACAGUGACAGGUCCUGAAGGCAUUCGUUAUACAGCUCGUGCCCAGUAUAAUGGCUAG